ACAGCAGUACAGUCGUAUGCCUAAAAUUAAGAAGCAAGGAACGAAUUUGGAAACAGAAAGAGAGAUGGGAGGUAUAGGAGGGCCAUUGCUGACAAUUGGGGAUCUGCUAAGUGAUGUUGGAGAAGAGAAUGUUACACCACCAGAUAUUGCCCCUCUCUCAUCGAUUCAAGAUUCCAAUAAUACCUCUCAUCAAUUGGACCUCACUAAACUCUUUCAGGAAAAUUACGAUCAACUGAAUAAGGCGCUAUCUGGUUCUGAUCACUCAUGGACAGCUCUAACUUUAAAGUUAUGCACUGCUCUGGAAACUGCAAAUAAGUUGGUUCACGGUGCAGACACAAAUGUUAAAUUGCUAUCCAAGAAGGUUGGAGAGAUUGAAAAAAUUAUCAAGAGGGGAGAUUAUGCAAUAGCAGCUGCCAAGGCUAUCCAGGUCUCUCUAAACCAGAAGGAAGGGUCGUCUGUUGGUAGUCAAUUUAUGAAAUAGGUGAGGUCCCACCAGCAACCAGGUUUGUCCAGCCUGUAUGGGAUUUUCCCUGUUAAAAAUGUUUUCAUAAUCAUAUCAAUGAACAGAAUAUGAUAAUUUCUUUGGUCUCAGAUUCUUGUUUAGCAAUUUUUCUUUGUCUUUGGGCUAAGCUGGCUGUAUCUCAAUAACUACAUGUAUUACUUACGGUUUCAAUCAAAAUCCAAAGUGUCACUAUGGCAUGCAUGAGUUUACACCA